AUGGGCGUGUGGGGCAAGAAACCCGCGGCGCCGACGCCGUACGACCUCGUGUGGGGCGACGGCGUCGUCCCGUCCAUCUUGUUCGGCAUGACCGCGCUGUUCAUGGUCCUGCACCCGAUCCUGCGGACGAUGUUCCCGCGGACGAUGCGAGCGCGCGGCGCCUUCUUGCUCGCGUUCGAGCUCUCGUGCCUCUUCCCGCUCGCGUACUGCGCGUACGAGGGGUACACCACGUGGACGACCGGUCUCGGCGCGUUCACCACCGCGAAAGCGCGGCUGUACGCCACGAGCCCCGGCGCGGUGAGGGUCCUUCAGGCGCACCUCGCGUUCGAGGCGUGGGAUUUCGGCGUCAGCUUCUUCAACAAGACGCUCCGCGCCCCCGAGAUGCUCGCGCACCACGCGCUCGCCGCGCUGCUGUGCUACUGGGCGCUCACGAUGCCGUACAUGCACUACUACGCCGUGUACUUCAUGGGCGUCGCGGAGAUCUCCUCCGUCCCGCUCGUGCUCGUGGACGCGGGGAAGUACUACCCGGACGUCUCGAAGCGCUUUCCGGGCUCGACCUCGCGGUAUGGAAGGACGGCCUCGCGGUCCUCGCCGCGGGUAACUUCCCGGCGAAGUACCCCGGGUACGUCACCGCGAGCGUGCUCCUCACGAACGUCUUCUUCAGCGCGCUGCAGGUGCUGUGGACGGGGAAGCUGGCGAGAGGGGUGUACCACCUGUUUACGCCGAAAGCCCCGCCCAGGGCGGACGCGCCCGCGGCGGUCGCCGACGUGGACGCGAAGAAACGCGAGUGAGUUAAAGCGCGAGUCGCCGAGGUAG